AUGGAGGUUCCUUUGAAGUAUUACAGAAUCAAUAUAGCUAGAGACGUUGGAAUGAUUGCUGUCAAGAGAGAUUAUACAACAGAGCAUGUGUAUUUAGAAGAUUUCAAUAUCUCUGUCGCCAUAUACGAUGUAAUAGGACAAAUUAUACAUAAUUAUACAGGAUCGGUGUUUGCGAAAUCCAAGGAUAUCGCUGCACAAAUAGGCAUUGUAUCUUUUAGCAUGUGCAUAAACAACGAUGGAAUAAUGGAAGAGGUUGGUGACAACUGCAUGCCUAUCAUUAAAUGUCUGUAUAAAGUCGAAGAUUCGGUUAGAAUCAGUGCAUUGCACAGACUUGUGAUCAUCAAGCACACAUACAAAGUUGGAUUUAGGUUCUUGGAUGUAAUAAAUUCACUUGGAAGGCUCCGCAGAUUAAAGCUUACAAACUGCGGUAUAAGAAAAGUUCCUGAUAUUUCAAGAUUAAGGCUUACGCAUAUCGAUCUAAGCAAUAAUGAAAUAUAUGGAAGCGUUUAUAUUAUUGGGACAUUCAGUAAAGUUAACCUAUCGCAUAACAAGAUUUGUAGUGUUAACAGGAUCAAUGCAUCUAGUCUAAAUCUUGCUUAUAAUAUGAUUGAUUCAUUUGUACAGACAUUUAAGUAUCAGUAUCUGUCUCUGAGGCACAAUCCACUGAGAGAGUAUUCUUCCGAGGCUUGUGUAAUCGAUUUAUCGUUUACAAGAGUGCAAUUUAUUUGCUCAAGAGUGGCAAGAAAGGUUAUUCUCGAUGGCACGCGUGGUGUGAGGCUGGGUGUAUUUGAUAAACUUGUCUAUUUAAGCAUUUGUAAUUGUGAACUAAGGACGCUUGAUGUUCAAGCAAAGAACCUGAAGAUUCUAAAGGCAAGAGGCAAUUUUAUAGAGUUUGUGCCAAUGCUUCCUGCACUAGAGUAUCUGGAUAUAUCAAGAAACUUGGUGCGAGAAAUUCAAUGUAGGCAACUUACCUUCUUGAAUGCAUCUAUGAACCAACUAAUUGUAUUUGAUUUCAGAUGGAUGUACAAGGUAGUGCAUUUAGAUCUGUCUUACAAUCCAAUUAUGUCGCUACAAGGGCAUGUACAGCCAUGCACCAUGUAUCUGAGACUUGAGCAUAUACAUAUGGAUAUGGUUGAACAAAUGUACAGAGAUGUGUGUAUUAAUAAUGCAAGUAGAUACCUAAUGCAUGAAUGUAAGAAAAUGAACAAGGUAGUUGAGCAGAUUAUGAUAGGCAAUGACGCACACUAUUUGAAUGUGUUUAUUGUGUGUUUAAGAAAACCAGGUGAUGAUAUACAACAUAUUGUAAAUGCUGUGUUUUCGAGAAUUGAUGGAAGUGCAGAUACAAUUGAGUGGUUUGAAAACUUCAGAACUAUACUCAGUAUGCUGUUUUUUGAAAUGAAUAUUGAACUGUCAUAUUUGAUCUGCAUGGUGACAUCAGAGCAUGUGGUUGUCAGUAGAAUAGGCAUGGAUGCAGUCUUUUCAAACUUUGCGCAUAUCAAAAUACUAAACGAAUCGCAACGUGUGUACAUCUAUGACAAUAUUGGCAACUGGAACCUGAUUCCCAUGAUCUGUCCAUUACAUAACUCUGUGUCCAGAUUUGAUGUACUGAAUACAGUAGAGAAUGAUAUUGGCAAGAUAAUGCAAUUUAUGAAUUAUGAAUGUCCGUUAGCAGUGGCGAUGAGUAUUUCUGAUUUUUGUAUACUUGAUGAAUACAAACCUUGCAAUGAGAUUAGAUGUGCCAGGAGCAUCUCAACUGCAUCAAACGACUGUUUGGAAUAUGAAUAUGAGUUAAAUACAAUUAUUAAAAAACGAAGAGUUGCUGAUGAAAGACGAAAAUUGACGGAAAGUUCGAUCAAUGGAUGUGCAAAUUACAACCCGGUACUUAAGACAUCAAGUAGACUUGGAUAUGACUCUCUGAUCAGGAAUCCUAAUCCGGUAUUUGUGUUCUGUAAGAUCUUCCCGAGAAAUCCUGCUGGCAUCCAUGCAUGCAUUGUUGCAAAUGUUAGAAACAUAAUCAUAAUGGCCUGCAGUAUUUUUUUCGGAGUGAUUGUGGAGUCUUCGCUUGACUUUUAUGUAUUAGCGUUUCAUGAUAGGAUUGAGGCGUGCCUAUGGGGAUUAAAGAUACAAGAAAUGCUUGGAUGUGUUGAUUUGGAUGUCAGUGUAGGAAUAUCAUGUGGGAUGUUUUACACAAAGAUUUCUGGCAAUCACGUGCGCUUCUAUGGACCAGCACUUAAUAAGGCAUCCAGACUGGUUAAUCUUGGAUGCGGAGUGUUCUGCUGUGACUGUGUACAAGUAGAGCAUCCUAAAAUAGUGUAUGUGCAACAAGGAAGGAAGAACCUGAAGGGAUUUGACGACAUGCACAUGAUAUAUGUACUAAAGCAAUCAAGAGCUGAGUAUGAUGCAUAUGGACAGCUGAUUGUAAAUGAAUAG